CCCCGACUUCAUAUCACCUUAUUCUCUGACUGUAGACUUUCUGACAGCAGGUCGAUCCUCCUCGAUGCCGGUCUCCAUUCCGAUGAACAAUUCAAUGUCGGGUCCUGCAUCGCAAUGGCACUGCAUCUCACCGGCAACUCGACCGCUCAAUUUGCAAGUCCUCGAAAUCACAUCGAUAUCCCUCACCAUCGCUCUCUCCCUCGCCCAGCCACCUCCAAGUAGAUCAUCACAGCAUGCUUCGACCUCGACAGCAUCAACCUCAGGUCAAGCUGGAAGCGCUACGAAACAACGUCGACCGCGACAUCGAAUCAAGAACGCUCAUUACGAGUCGGACGACGAUCUGACCGCAGUGGAGGACAACGACACCGGCGGAUCGGAAGCACAGCUAGUUGGACAGAGUAGCAGCUCUCCCUCGCCUUAUGCUUCUUCGACCCAAUCUGGAGCGUUCCCGGCACGGCUAGCACCUCUACCAAAUGCCAAACCUUCUUUCAAAGAGCUCCUCUCAAAGGGUGUCAUGGUAACAGUCAACGGCCGACCAUGGAAUCAGAUCGUCGCUCAUGUCAGCGAUGACGAGCCAGCUACAUCUGGUGUGGGUUCGAACGGCUUGUCUUCAGAUAGCGAAGCUCUGAGCAGUAGGGUAGUAGAUAAGAUGCUGGAGCAGAUGACACGGGAUAGGGCGGUCGUAGGCAUCUUUGGUUUGGAGCCUGGAAAAGAGUACGAAAUAGAUCUCAAGGUUGUGGCCAACUUUGCCGGAGAAGGGGAACCUCUGCAAGCUGCUACAGCAAAUAUCGUAACGCCUGGAGUGCACUCAACCCCGACCGGUACUCGGUCCCGAGCCAACUCGCUGCGCAAUCGUGGAACCAGAUCACGCUCUAGCUCCCUGCUUCAACCUCCGGCUUUGACGGAUAGCCCUACUCAGUCUGAUCAGGCUCGAGGACUCCUUCGAAACCACUCGCGAGACCGACUGGAUGCACCUGUCAUACCUACCGAAGGUGACGAGGUGGACAAUGGAAAUGCGUCUUGGGGUAUCGCACCAUCGGCCGAGGAGAUUCAAGCGUCACAUCUCCGGCACUCGAUUGCAAUGGCUCAAGCCGAGAGGGAAGACCUGGCUGCCCAACUGAAAAAAUCGAGGAGGGAAUCGCAAAAGGUCGAAGCUGGCCUCAAAUCCGAAGUCGAGGCGUUAAAGCGGGCCAUGGAGAAAUCGACCCUGCCCGAUCAACGUUCGAGACAAAAGAGUUUGGCACUGCAGGAACAGGUCAAGCAAGCUUUUGCGGCCGCAGAAGGAGCCGAGCAGGAGAACCAAAAGAUUACGGAAUCGAGCAGUACGUGGGAGGACGACGAGGCUGGACAAAAGUCGGAAUUUGAAUCGGUACAGUCCGCGAGGAACACGGCCAAGGAAGCCAAAGACGAGGUGUUGGAGAGGGACAAGAAGGUGGUAGCAGAGCUGGAUGCUAAGCUCGCCAACUUGACGGCGAGGUACGAUAAGCAUGCAGCCAAGCGGGACAAGCUGGCCAAAGAGAACGAACAGUUGAGGCAGAAACUACAGGAUAUCGCCGGUGCGCGAAGAGAGGUUGAGAAGCGUAAUGAUGCGGUGAGACAACAAAGGAUGAUGGUCGAGGAUUACGUUGGACCGGCCAACAUGGGAUCGAUCCGAGGGCCAAGUCUAGCAGAUCGACCUAAUUCGGGCGCUUGGGAUUAUGAAAACAACUGGUCUACAAAUCGGGGAUUGAUUGGACGGAUGGGCCCUGGAUCGAGCUCGAACCUGGUCGCGCUCGGUCAGACAGCUGCUGUCAAUGCAGGAGGCGUCGGUUUUGCCGAGAACUAUGGUCCGAGCCGAUCGAGACAGGGUAGCAUAUUCAAUCCUCGCAACCUGCCACCUGCUGCUCAUGCUCGGAGUGCGACUGGCCCGUCGCCCAAUUCUGCAGCGGUCGCGCUUGCGACACAGGGCAUCCCGCGAGGAGCCACGGGGGGUAUCUCGCACUUGGGGAACCCGACCGGAUUCUUUGCUAGCCAAGCCGAAGGGUCAUCGACCAUGGCGAGCCGGGUGCUACGCAGUCCUCCGGUGCGAGAUGGAGGCGUACCAGUGUCUCCCAUGAUGGCUAAUGUCACGGCGGCGCCGUUCAUGCCCCAGUCACAGAUGGCCGUCACUGCCACGAUGUCCCCUGCGAUGUCUCACCAGGAUCAUCAUACCUCGCUUGUACCGCCUCAACUGCAGCACCGGAUCUACCUGCCUAGGGGUCGUAACGCUACGUCUCCUGGGAUAGCUUCGAGGUUGCCUGUCGACGAGCAAGGAGAAUCACCGACCGCUUUGAGCGCUGCGGCCCCGGCCUUCCCUCCUUUACCUUCGCAGAACUCUUCGGGUAGCUCGUCGAUCCCAGCGAAUAAACAGAACUCUUUGGCGGGUCCAUCUCUGGCUUCCAUCGUGACACGAGCGAUCAUCCCUAAUUACUCUCCUCUCCUCUCGCAAGCCACUCAGCAACACCCAUCGAGACAGGGGUCAGGCGAGAGAGGCGUAGCAGGAUUGGCCUCUCCACCCAUUUCUCGCCCGACGUCCUGGCAUCCUGAAAACGCAGAUACGCAGACCUGGAACGGCGGGGGUGCCAAUACGCUGUCUCCAGCCACUGAAGAAUUUCCGCCGCUAUCGCCCGUACAAGGCAGUUUCCCGGGCCGGGCAUCACCUCAUCCUCGUUUGGACACUCCAACUUCGCAGGCGAGUUGGGGUCGAGUUGCGGGAUCUCAUGUGCCGAGCCGGCGAGGUAGUCUUCGCGAUAACAAGGAGACAAAGGAUGUCGCCGAGGAGCAGAUUGGAUAAUCGAGGGGCCGACUAGGGGGGAAGUGAUCACGAAUCUUGGGAAGGGCACGUGUGAUCUCAUUGAAUUUACUAGUAGCCCGUAGAGAAUAGACGCUAUAACGAUUACGAUGAACCAAGAUGCCAGAUGCAAGAUUGUAAGAUUGG